GGGAGGGGCGGGGCGGUCCCGCACAGCCCGUGAGGUGGAGCAGCGGCCCCGGCCCGGCCCGGCCCGACCCGGCGGCCCGAGGGAGCCCCGGCGCCGGCACCGCCGCCAUGUUCUCGUUUAACAUGUUCGACCAUCCCAUCCCCCGCGUGUUCCAGAAUCGCUUCUCCACCCAGUACCGCUGCUUCUCGGUGUCCAUGCUGGCCGGGCCUAAUGACAGGUCAGAUGUGGAGAAAGGCGGGAAGAUAAUUAUGCCACCGUCGGCUUUGGAUCAACUCAGCCGCCUGAACAUCACUUACCCCAUGCUGUUCAAGCUGACCAACAAGAACUCGGACCGCAUGACGCACUGCGGCGUGCUCGAGUUCGUGGCUGACGAGGGCAUUUGUUACCUGCCACACUGGAUGAUGCAGAACUUGCUGCUGGAAGAGGGAGGCCUGGUGCAAGUGGAGAGUGUUAAUCUGCAGGUUGCUACUUACUCAAAAUUUCAGCCACAGAGUCCAGAUUUUCUUGACAUCACCAAUCCCAAAGCUGUAUUAGAAAAUGCACUGAGAAACUUCGCCUGUCUGACGACUGGGGAUGUUAUUGCCAUCAACUACAAUGAAAAGAUCUACGAGCUCCGGGUGAUGGAGACCAAACCGGAUAAGGCCGUGUCCAUCAUCGAGUGUGACAUGAAUGUGGAUUUUGAUGCUCCUUUGGGGUACAAAGAACCAGAAAGAAGUGCACAACACGAAGAGAGCACAGAUGUGGAAGCAGACCAUAGUGGAUAUGUGAGUGACAUAGGAUUUCGUGCAUUCUCCGGUUCUGGGAACAGACUGGAUGGCAAGAAGAAAGGUGUGGAGCCUAGUCCCUCACCAAUUAAACCAGGAGACAUCCGAAGAGGAAUUCCCAACUAUGACUUCAAGAUUGGUAGAAUCACAUUCAUUAGAAACUCACGUCCACUGGUUAAGAAAGUCGAAGAGGAUGAAUCUGGAAGCCGGUUUAUUGCCUUUUCAGGAGAAGGCCAGUCCCUGCGCAAAAAGGGAAGGAAGCCCUAGGCUGUGGCACCUUCAGUUAGUUAGGAGGAAAAUAAAGUAACAGUUGCAGCAUAUUGGAUCUUAGUUAUUGCAGUUGAGAGGAGAGAUCGUUUUGCAGCAUAGGAACCCUUUUACUGGUUUUGGUUUCAUGUUUAAAACCGGAGCUGUCAGACUGUCUUAAUUUUCAGCUGAAAAUUGAGUCCUGGGAAUUUGGAAGGAGCUUUUUGUAUGUGUUGUAAAGAGGUGAACGUAGAUCUCUGAUCAACCUGAGAAGUAAAACUAACAAGCUCUACCUUACUAAAGAUCCAGUUCUUAGACUA